UGAUCGUCGUCCUCUUCGUUUACUGACUCCUCCACGCCUUGCACCUUUCACCUCGGGGUGGAGCUCUACUAUGUAUGAUUGUCCUAAGCAAGGACGUAGUCGGAUUUUUUCGAAGAUUUUUGCUGAUAGCUGGCGUUUCUAAUGUGAUCGACACGAAGUCGAGCGGUGUACAAACUUGAGGGGGGAGCUUCUUGGUUUGUGUGGGAGGGCUAACCUAAACUUCUCAGGCAGCAGGUUCAGUUUCUUUCUGGAGUCGGAACCUGCUGUUGCGAAGCGAGUUGUUGAACUAAACUGCAGAAGCCACUCGGCCGCGGAUCUUUUCUGCAGCACGAGUUGGUGAAGAAAACACGAGAGUCGCUUCAGGCUGUUUGUGUCAGAGCGUUGCUCAAAUCUUUGUGCAGACUGGAUGCAGCGAGUGUUGAGCUGGAGAAAGCUCAACGAUUGGAAUAAUAGCAACACGAGGAAAUGAUUGGGCUUCUAAAUUCGCUGCAGUAUGCCAUGCGCUUGCAGCCUGACUGCCCGCACAUUAGCGCCGUUGCAAACAGUGUUGUCAAAGUCGAUCAACACUUUGCAGUUCAAGAAUGCUACUCGACGCCGUCUUGGAUUGUGCUCUCGGCGCGCCUUCACUCUCGCUGUUAUCAGCAUUUUACUCUUUCACUGGCCUCUUUUCAUUUAUGUAAAGGCGACACAAGCAGACUUGGCGAGCAUCCUUGAGUCUCAUGACAGUCACGUUAGGAGCGAGCACGACGCUGAUCUCAACAAUGAACAGGAGCGAGGAGAUGCUGAGGGCAGGCUAAAAUUUUGGAAUCGCAAGUUCCUUCGAGGUACGGGGAGCGCCCACGACUCAUCCAAAGUUUUUCACUUCGAGCUGCCAGAUACUUCACUUGAGAGGGCCUUGCUUCAUCCACGUAAUGAAAAUUUUGGAGGAAUCUCAAGUUCUAAUCGGCGGAUGUUGAUCCCAGCUAAUGAAUGCACCAACAAAGACAUCAGCAUAACUCAAAGACGCGAUGGGUCUCCGGGGAUUCCUCGAUUCAGUGUCCAGAUAGUCAACACAUGUAUGUCUGAUUGUGCACCCGCAGAUAUUCACGUGUACUGCGGCUGGUUUGCAUCAUCCCCUCCUCCCAAUCCCAAUGUAUUCCAACGCGUUUCAUACGACGACUGUCUGGUGAAUGGUGGUCGUCCUCUGGGACACAGCACCAUCAUUCAGUUUCAGUAUGCCAACUCCUUCAUGUACCCACUCCAAGUCCGAUCUGCCAGGUUCUGUAGAUGAGACACAACCCUUGUGGUUCAGAAGGAUAACAUGAUCUGGGAACACACCAAGCUCCCUGGAAUGAGUAUAUGACCAUCCUUAUUGCUCGGCUCCAGUUCUGUCUGAUCUUUGUUGAUUGCUUUCUGUGACAAGUUCUGACUGGAUCUGGCAUGAAUACUUUACAUUGCGUACAGUAUGCUGGAACAGAGACAACCAGGAAUGGCCACAGAGACGCUCAGACUCAUAAUUUGGUAUUGAUGAUAUGAUUGAGAGGAGCAGUGAUGGACCUUUGAGAAACCUUCGUUGCGAGGGACCUGGGUUCUGCUAAUAGAGUAGGAUUUGAAAUUGGUUACUGUCCUGUGAAUUAUUACGGAUUGUGUGGUGAGGCUUUUUGAACUAUUUGUGCCUAAAACGUUUAACCUAUCAACUCAUUCCUCUCAAUUCUCAA